UGCACUGCGAUGAAAGGCCUCUCUAUGGCAACUUCGCGCUUGCGCUCUGCAUUGUUAAUCACCGGUGAAUUUGAACCAAAUCCUCUUGACGGUUUUUGUGGAGUUCAGUCUAAUAGCUUUUUUGAAAAUUUUGUGCACAAAUUGUCCAAAGUCUACGGUUUGAGCUGGCCAUCCCAAGUUCUGCUAGAGCCAUCGAGCAAACCCAUUCAGAAGUGCAUUGCGGGUCACGUCAUGUCGAAAGGUUCUCUGACGUACAAGUCUCAGCUUUCAAAAAAAAACCUGAUUCAGGUUCCCUCAUUUCAAAGUGGUCUUCCUUUCUUUAUUGGACAUUUUUCUUAUAAAUUUAUCCUGGAUCAUAGAGGCAAAAUGUGUCCUAGUUUGAUAGAGCUCUUUAGUUUGGAGACCUGUACCUCCCGUCGUGAACAUUCCAUCUUUGUUUCGUCAGACCAAGAGACACUCCAGGAGCCUCUACCUUUAAUCUUCUGCUUUCCCGUAGUUUCGUCUGGCUUCGCGAUGGCAUAUUUGAAAGAGGGGCUUCCUCCAAGUUACAUAGCCUCUUUGGUCCUUUCUCAUGCAGAAACCUGUGAAUUGUGGAAAUUGACACCUUCCUCCCAGAAGCCUCGAAAAGUUGGUACAGAACGUGUUCUUUACGUUGUAUCACACUUUUCUGAUCGAUGCCGUUGCCUUUUCAUCGACUGAUAUCAAAGUCGACUAAAGGCCUGAAUUUCCAAAGGUCCUGGUUGUCCGUAGGCGUACAUACUUCUUUACACAUUUUGUUGUUUGGUAUGACACUUAAAGAUGUCCCUAUGCUGAGUAAACCUGGGAAGGAAACCUAGGCCCUUUAAUACAGUCAAAAGCACACGACCAUGGCGCAUAUAAAAAUAACCAACAAGGUGUAGAGGGAUACAAAGCAAGUGACUGAAGGCCAUUUUGGAGAGUUCCAGGCCAUUUAAAACCAGUCAUGCAGCGGGUCACUUUGGUAAAUGUGUGGAAUUGAUAAUUAAGAUAUCCAAAGUGAAAACAGACUCCAGCAACCUUAAAUAGAAAUAAAGGAAAAUAGUUGACAGCAUACAACAAUUGAAACGGCUAAACGGGAAUCAGCUGUAAUCUGUCCAAGUGUAGAUUAAAAGCUUAGAAACGACUCUACGUGUGUACUAUCGCAGCAAAUAUUUCCAGAACGCUGCACUCAUAAUAAAAAUCUCCAGUUUGUGCUUAGGUAUGGCGUGCAUAUUGAACAUUUAAUCCGGCAUGUGUCGGUUUUAUCAAAGACCUCCUUUUGUUUUACUGAUACCUCUAUCAGAGAGACCAACUAUACCUGUGUAGAUUUGUCUCUGUCUCUUAAAGAAACGUCCUUACUGUUAACUAAGAUAUUGUGUGCUCCUCUCCAAUUGGUGAUAUGCCAUUUAUCAAUCGAAUUUGUCUAUUUUGCGUGCAAUACUCGAAUGUGCCGUCAAGAGAACUAUAUAUGGUAAAAUAUGUCCCACGAAUUCUCAAAGCUCAUGUACUGCACACCUCACCUCAUUGUACUGCAGUGGACACAAGGCGAUGGUUACAGGCUGUUCUUCCCACGUAGCUGUAUUGAAAUGAGUAAAUGCUGUCUUUAACAGAACAAUAUUUGUGUAGAGCAAGAGAAGUAAACAUCUCUGCCUUUGUUUUUGUUCUUGAAUUUCCGAAGUUGAUCUCUUCCCGUUCGUAGAGCUAUAUGGUCUGAAGAAGCAGCCACAAUGGCGUCAAUGGUAAAACGAAAAAUGACCGUAAUGCUACUUGUCGUUCUGACGCUUUGGCUUUUGAGCAGUCACUGUGUGGCCCAAGAGGAACUAAAAGGAGCUUCAAGUUGCUGCAGUGCGUGUUCCCAAGGAACACCCGGCGUCCCUGGGAUUCCUGGAAAUCCUGGAGGUCAAGGACCUACUGGCCCCAGAGGUGACACUGGUAUUGGCUUGCCUGGUCCCAAGGGGGAGACCGGUGAGCAGGGACGGAAGGGAGACCAAGGCGAGCCAGGAAUAAACGGACUUCCAGGGAAGCUGGGACCUGCAGGGCGAAAGGGAAACAUAGGGGAGGGGCAGAAAGGUGACCAAGGGGAGCCAGGAAUCCAGGGACCACCUGGUGAAAAGGGGCAAAAGGGACACCCAGGAGAUGCCACUCUGGCAACACCAACACCGUCCUCUGCCGUUGCUUUCAGCGCUUAUCGCACAUCGAGCGCCACAGGCGAUGUUGGUGACAUUAUCAUCUUUGACAACAUCGAGACGAAUCUCGGCGGUGGGUACGGUUCGCAAUCGGGCGUGUUUACGUGCUCGUUGCCUGGUGUAUACUUCUUCACAGCCAGCUUCCUAAGCAUAAAUUCGGCAACACGGCCUUUUCUACAGCUUGUAAAGAACGGGCAUCUUAUCUUUUCAAUAUUUGAUAAUCACACGAAUUAUCACCAUCAGUCCAGCAAUUCGGUCAUCAUUGUGUUGGUCCCGGGGGACAAAGUUUGGCUUCGUUUUGGUAGCAAUAGCAGAGGUUUUUACAGCAGUUCUAAUAAAUAUGCUUUUUUCUCCGGAUUUCUGAUUUACAUAACUUAACCCAAAUGUAUGACACUCGAAUGAACCAUCCCCAACUUAAAAUGUUUUCACCAAACGAAUAGUUACUGAUCUGAUGUAACUUUUUGGGCGUGGUUUAAAAGCUGUGUAAUCGUAGCUAACAUUUUCAGAAACUUUCUCCGUAGACAGUGGAUAUUAUAAAUACUAUAUACCGUCGCUGGUAAUUCUUCCAUUACAAUUUUUGAUUGGAUCUUAUUAAUAACGUCAAUGUACACUGUACUGUACAUGCACUCUAACGGGUUGUGACCCCUAACGCAGCCCACUUUUAUUUUUACUUUUCCAGGAAGACAACAUGUUUCCCGCAAUUAUUUUCACAUUGUGAGUGAAAUUUGAACAACCUCCCAUAUUUUAGUGCAUAUAUCUCAAUUUUCCGUUUCUCUUUCAAUGUUCCAAUUUCCUUUUUUUUCUCGUGCAGUAUGAACUAUUUUUACAUUGCGCCCCAAAGUCACGAAAUGAAGUUUUUAUACAUGAAGCUGUUUUUUUAGUGAAAUUUUUUUAUUUUUUUUCUGGGAUUUAUCUAUUUGAAGAACUUUUUAAAUAUCAAAGCAAGAUUUUCUGAAAUUUUCCGAAGUGCAUCAUGUCAGGAAUUUUUUUUACCACAACAUCACAUGUAAGGGGAAUUUACGGUCACGUUCACAACAGGCAUUGCAAUCAAUGUCGGCGUUAUUACCACGUCCGUGAAAUAGUUAUCGACUGGUACAUAUUGCCGGGUACCAUGACGUCAUAAAUAUGGGCCAAUCAAUAUAAGGCUACUGGCAGAAUUAUCAUCAGGGAAGUUUAAUUGGGGACAACAAAAUAUCCACUGCCUUCUCCAUUAAAUCUGUGUUGAGGAAAAGUGGUGCUUAAUCUAAAAGUGGUGCUGAAUCUUUGCAUUUCAACACAGAAUCACGCUUUGUACGAUAUAUUUUGACGGAUUGUUUUAUCAAAGGUAUGAAAUGUAAUCUAGUGGUAUUUUGUCCAGUUUGUUUUGGUAAGUGUGUACAACAAUCCGCUAUGCAUCAGCAUGAUGUUGGUGAAGCAAAGCCUUCGAGGACUAGCUGUGAUAGGCCUAACAAUUUUUUAAAUACGACUUAAAAGGUUACAGGAAUGGAAACCUUGAGUCCAGAUAAAGUAUUUUAAAAUAACAGUAAAUACGGAACCAUUUCAAAAAAUCAUAAAUUUAAUAUUUACCUCAUUAGUUUUAACCCCACCCACAAAAAACCCUUUGGGCCGUUCGCGCUUCCAGGCUGAUUGGAUGUUGUCUUCACAUGAACAGUGACAUUACAGUGUACAUGCACAUAACGCACAGUGCAUGCAGUAUCGCACGCUUGCAAUAGAGCACGUUGUGUUUGAUGUAGCUUGGCCGAAACGGAGACACUCUCUCAGUUCAAAUUAAAAGACGCAAUCCUACCGUGUAUUUCUUGAACUAAAACAGUGUUUGCCUGUGAUUUCUAAGGGUUACGUAUUCAUUGGCAUAUUGAAAUACUUAACGUAAACUAACCCCUGUACAAUUUCUGUAACGUACCCCUGAACUGUCUGUAAAAAGCAAUUUAGUUUUUACUUGAGCAGGUAUGAUAAUUUUAGAAUCCAUACGCUUUGAUACUACAUUUCGUACGAAAGACAUAGAAAACAUGGCCGAGCUUAGGAUGAAAUUUUGUUUUAUUUCAAUUUUAUUGAAAAAAAUUAAAAAUACUGAAAGCCUUUUCUCAUGAGUUAUUUAACGAUUGAUUUAAAUCCAAUCACAUUUUGAUGGCCAACCAGGGACUUCACAGCUUUCUUAAUUAACAUUCAUAUCUACGUAAAAUGGCAGUGUAACAUAUGUACAGUCGUGCCAAGGAGUAUAGUCAUAACUUGACCAGAAUGCAGUUCACUUCCAUUCAUAUCCGUUUUAGCAACAGACUGACCAUUUUCCACCCUUCAAGCAUUCUCCUUUAAUGCUAUGAAAGGUUUCUGCAACUGUUUCACCUUGAAGGGUCAUAAUUGCCCUCAAAUUGUGAUAAAGGUUUACAAGGUUUACCAACAGGACUUCCCAAUAUUUAGUCUUGUACUGUACUCUCUAAUACUUUGAUGCAUCGUCUUUUACCUUCAUAACUGCCUCCAGUCUUGCAGGUUUUCCGUUAAUAAACCUCUUACAAUGCUAUGAAGGGGUUUUAACGACUGUUCUUGACGCAAGUAGGUUUUAGUCAAAUGGGUCCACUUCCCUGGUUAUCAACCCUGUACUGAUAAAGCUAUCCAGCCAACGACUUGGUCUAAUGCAAGCGUAUGAUACUGCAUGCACUGAGUGCAAUCUUGCAAUGUACAUGUACACUGUACGUGUCGGCGUUCUGGUGACAACGUCAUCAAACCAACGCGGGAUGGAGUGCAAACAGCCAAGUGAGGAAUCUGUGGACGGGGAAACGCAGGAUCUUUUUAUUCAUGGUCCCGAUUAAAGGGGUAAACAUUGGAUUUCUGAUAUUUUUGAAAUGGUUACGUAUUUAGUGUUAUUUUAAAAUACUUUACAAGAACUAAAUGUUUUCUAUUUCUGUAAACCUUUCAGAACCAAUGACCGUACUGUCCAAAAAGGGCUCUUUAAGAUUGAUGAAAAUGACCUUCUUUCCUUGGUUUCUUCGACACGACUGCUUGCCAGAAAGAAUAAAUUCACAGGGGGUUUUGUCCCUUUACUAUAAUUAAACCAGUCAAUAGGUCUUUUAAUAAUGGCACAUGACGAACAGCACCGUUAAUCUACGGCUGCAUUUCCACUUAAUGAUGACCUUGACACAUUGAACGUUUGCAGAAAAGAAGCUUUUGAGGGCAUUUGCACACUUCAUAAACGUAUCAAAAAUUAUUCAAGAGGAUACAAGGAAAUGCUUAAACACACACGAGGCCAAAUGCCCAAUAAAUAGCAUUUCAAAAUUGGAAAUGUGUGUAUUAGAAGGAAACUAUUUUAAACGUACUGUGAAUAUGUGGAAAGAUAUACCAAAUAAAAGCAGCGAGCCAGGAUAAAUUCAUUCUCACCUAUUAUCAUACACAGAUGAGCACCAAGUAGGAGGCGGUAGAACAACACUGCAGAAACCUGUUUACAUUAAGCAAAUGGCAAGCAACUGGUAUAUUACGGCACCCAAAUCAACAAAUAUCUUUUUGUUUCUUAAAGUUUUUUAAUGGAUAUCUCUUGUCAUUCGGGAGAAAUUUACUGGUUCAUUAGGGUGAUUGACGUAUCUUCAAACACACAGGUGCAACGAAAACCAACCGUAAUGCUUUUCGUGAUUUUUAUGCUAUG